UCCUAAGGACGUUGAUGGGAUAUUAUAUUUUAAUAUAAAACAUGUCAAGACCAGGAACAGAAGAAACAGAAAUUGAGGAGGACAGUAGGAAUGUCCGCAGGACUCGACCUCGGAAGGUCAGACGACGUCCCCUCCAGGACACUGAGGAGGAGGUAGCGGAGGAGGAGAUUGCACGACCUCGAGGCUAUAACCCUCCGACUCCCGAUUUUAACACAGAACAGAUGAGAGUUUUCCUUACGUACCUAGAAGAGACAGAAGUUCAGGCAAAGUUUCGACUUCUAAUGAAGCAGCUGUUCAGUAUGUCCAGGCUUCCAUACAAUCCAUACCCAGGAUUUGUGAUGCAAUUUUCUAGCUUAGAAGAGGGAUUUCUUCUGAAUCUUAUUGAUGGAACAAUAAUUUAUUCUUUACUGAAUACACAGUUUGACCACUCUCACCUGCAGGGCGUGGUCAGUGUCAGGGGUCAUCACAAUGUGUGGGGACUGAGCGGAGUGGUUAGUGCUGUGUCCCCCACUCAUCUACAGAAGUAUGCCUGGCUUGUCUCAGACCUCAGCACAUUUCCCGGACACUCUAGGUCCAUGUCCUUGUCAUUGGUUGGGCCAGCUGUCUUUGAGGGAACAUACUACUCAGAAGUCCAUACCCCACAGUUUAGGCUGGAGGUGACGGUCUAUCAACCAGAAUUAACCAAGGGUAUACAGGAGUUUGCAGAUGGGAUCAUUAGCCACAUGAGGGACCUUGACGAGAGACACCAUGUCAUGGAUGUACAUAUUCCACACCAUGAGAAGAUGCACUUUGUGGAUAAAUGGAAUCUGGAAAAUGUAGAAACAGACAAGGAGAACUUUAUACAGGCAGUGAGCCGUGCUGUGUUGUAUCAUUUAUAUCCUACCGUAGACUGUGUGUUUCUUCUGGACGCGGCCGGGGAUCGCUACUCCGCUGGUCAGAUACAGUACGCCGUCAACUUCCGUCAUCCACCCGAGGGCGCUCCUUAUCAAGAGGAUAUCAAACUUCCAGAAGUGGGUACCCCCCUGCUAUCUCUGUAUGAUGGAGUUUAUCUGGACAAACAUCACGCUGAGUAUUACUUCAAUCUCUUCAUUCAAGAGGACACUGAGAAAUCUGUCUUCAGGGGAGUGAAGGACACUGAAGGUUUCAUACCUAAGGGACCAUUUACAAGAGAAGUCAUUAAAGGAGUCAGGUAUGUGUGUGCCCGUGGGCCUCUUGUAUUUGUUAGAGAUUUAUACCCCACUGAGAUAGCAGAAGAGCUCUUUCUACUGUUAAGAUCAUCCUUUGGCAAAAUUGGUGUUCUAUGGGACCAGUGUAAAAGUCUGCUGUUACUAACCAAACUGCAUGACAGCGAGGGCAAAUUCACCAAGGAAAUUAGAAGACAGUUGGACCAACAGCAUUUAUUUUGCUUGCUCCAUGGAAGCCUGUGUUCAUUGUAUUUCUACAUCCAGGGAAUGUUGAUUCAGGUUUCAGAGCAUCUGAGGGAUUAUUGUCCCAUUCUGACAAUGAAGAUUUUGGAUGUUGCCAUGGAGAAUCAUCGUGAUGUACAGCCCCAACCAGUGUUCACAGGAAGACAGGGACCUGAUGCCAGUGGAGGUGGCAAACACAUGGAUGAUGUUGAUCAUGGUAUGGAAGAUGAGAAAAUGAAAGAUCUAGAACAUGAACGCAUGGUUAUAGACGUUGAAGCAAAUGGUAGUGAUUAUAACCAGUUGAUUAGAGUUGAGGGGGUACUAAUGCAAUAUUCCAUCGAUACACAUCUAGAUGAAGCAUGGGAAAGUUACUUGACCACCCUGAAAGAUAAAGAGCCCCUCCCUCCAAACCCUUACCCCUCACUUAUCUCACUAUUUAGACAACAGGCCAUGAGAAUGGAUCUUGUAUAUCAGUCUAAAUCACAGAUAUUAAAGGCUUUGUUUCAAAUUAAUCCAAUCUCUGAAGAGAAAAAAGAUGGGCAAGAAAAUAAGAUGUCAGAUAUUUACAUGAACGGAGUGGAUGCUCAUGGUAAGAUCAUAUUAUACUGGAGACAUUUUUCCAAAAAACUUGUAGACCUACAUGUAAUUUUUGAUUCAUCACGUCAUAUAUAAACAAUUUUUGAUUUAAAACCAUUAAUUCAUAAAUUUAACAACCAGCCACAGAGAAGGAAACAGUUUAUGAUACAUGUCAGUACAGCUAUGAGUGGUCCAAGCAUUUUUUACGGCAAACCUCAGCCUUAUCUGAAGAAGAUAGACCUUCAUGAUCAUUACUACCUAAAGGGACCUGCAGAUCAGAGAGAAAACGCCAUUCAAAUAUUUGCUGAUCUGGUUGAGACAUAUGUGCUUGGGCUGAUAAAGAAGAACGAGAUCGCAGUGAUUGGAGUUUACUUUCCUUCAGAACGCUGGUCCUGGGAGAACAUUCUAAACAGACACGAGAAGGCUGGAUUCUCAGCCUUCUCAUCUACAGUUUAUCAUCAUGUCCAAAGGAAAGAACCAAUCUGUAUGAAGGCUUUGGUGCUGAUGGAAUGGAGAUAUGUAACUGUUGAGAAGUACUUCUUAUUGCAUUACCACACAGACAAGUAUAUCAAACCAGAACUGUUUUAUCCUGAGAGUGGAGUGACCAUCUAUCAGAGCAUCUUCUUCUCAAAGGAAAAAGCCCAGUAUCACCGUGACAAUGGACAGACCGUGUACGUGGACAGUGAUGAGGAACAGAAUGUGGUGACGGGGGAGGAAUGUGUGGAUCAGCUGAUUGUGAUGGGGGCCCAGCAGAAGGAGUGGUUAGAGGUCCACAGAGGGGUGCUUCUCAAAAGUCUGCUACAAUUGGUGAUGAGAGAAGAAGACAAUGAGAAUCAGUCAGAAACAGAUUCAGACGUGGAUCAGUUUGAACAUUUAUCACAGGAACAUAAGCUUAUUGUGGAAGCCUGGUAUGUGUUACACAGUAUGGGGGCCCAGAUGGAGUACUUGAUAGCUCUGACCAGCACCCUACAGGACCUCACUCAGCUGUUUAUGGAGAUGAUUCAGUACAAGGUCAGAUACGACAAAUACAUGUCUACUGUGACCAAGGAAGAAAAACCACCCACUCCAGCCAAAGAGAGAAAGAAGAAGGAGAAAGAGAGAAAGAAGCAGGAAAAGUUAGCAAAAGAAAUGAGGGAAAAAGAGAGCAAAGUGAAAGUAAAUCUUCUGGAGAGGGAGAAGAUGAAAUUGAAUGAAGAGGAAACAAAGAAGGAAAAGGAGGAGGAAACGGAGGAAUUGUGGGAGGAAGAAUUCCAGACAAAAGAAAUUAAAGAAAUAGCACUGCCCUCUAAACUGGCAGGAUUUACCGUCAUAGAGGAUUUCAAGGUGACAGUUGAUGAGGCAGUCUUUGGUAGGAUGGUAAUGAUUUACUGGAGGAAACUAAUGCAGGUCCUGUCAGCCAAAAUCUUCAUGGUGGCACCGAGUCUGAGGAAUUACGUAGAGCUCCGCUUGUCUCCAUGUCUGGAGGACGAUCCUCAGUCCGGGAACUUCUACCUAGCUUAUAAAGAACAGACAAUUGAGAGACUAGAAGAGAUCAAACACCUUCUCCGCCCUAUACAGGACACACUGACAAGAGACGCACACACCAUCUGUCCAGAGGUUCAGUCACUGCUCCGUGAACUCAGGUCUAAAUAUCCAGUCCCAGCAACAGAACAGGGGUCAGAGGCAACAUAAUCCAGUCAGUGUUGUAAUUAACAAGGAAUAGGACAACUAUUGUAGUCCUCUCUUUACCAGAAUCUUGAUCCAAAAGAUGUACAGAGUGUGGUUUUUUCAUUACAGCCACUUUUGCUCUUGCUCAGUAUUAAUUGAGUAGAAAGUUGCCAAAGUACAUGUAAGUACACAUUAUAAGUUGCAUGCAGUGUUAAAGACAUAUCACAGUGAUCCAAAUAUCUGAUGUUUGUUGAUGAGGUAUUGUACUAUAAAUCCAUUUAUCAUGAGAUCCUUGGACUAGCUCAGUAUUGA